GGAGCGGGGCUACUGGCUAGCAGCAGAAUCCGAGGAGGUGUUGUUGCACGGUGACAUUUCGACGCCGCUAGCUGUCCACUUCCUUUGUAAUUGAUAUAAUACCCACUUCAAUCGCCCUCUCCCUCCCUCUCUUCUUCACUUCCGAGCUACCAACCGGGCUGCCAAAACCUCGUUGGAAGACCAUGCCCUCGUGCUUUCGAGGCGUCGUCGCUGCUGGGCCGUCGGCCUCCUCCUCCGAAGGGCCGACCCUGACGACCUCGGUCUACGAGACACCCCUCGGCCUCGCUUCGCUCACGUGGUCACGCACUCUCCUCGGCCUCUCCCUUCGCGCCGUCCUCCGCCUCGAUGAGGUAGACGACGACGGCGAGGACGAGGAGGAAGAGGGAGGGGAGCCCCUCAGUUUCCGUGUCCGGCCGUGGCUUCUCUGGAAGCGGCGCGGCGCCAGGCGGUUCCACUUCAAGGAUCGAGUCGGUCGCCGCCGCUCCGUGGACAUCACGUGGGACCUCACUCGCGCGACCUUCCCUAGCGGCCCCGAGCCCGCCGUGGGGUUCUUCGUCGCCGUCUCCGUCGAUGCAGAUCUAAUCCUCGUCGCGGGGGAUCUCAUCGACGAGGCGCACAAGAAGACCAAAGCCCAGCACCCUCUCGCGCCCUCGGCACUGAUAUCCAGGCUCGAGCAUGUGGUUCUGGUGGAGAACGGAGGCAGCCGGAGGUCAUACAGGUCUCGGGCCCGACUCGGAGGCCGGGACCGCGAGAUCUUCAUCGAGAUCGGGGGAAAGGAGAAGGGGAAAGAAUUUGCGAUGUCGGUGCAGGUCGACGGCAAGCGGGUCGUGCACGUGCGGCGCCUACGUUGGAAGUUCCGCGGCAGCGAAAGAGUGGAACUCGACGGGGGUCGGAUCCAGUUCUCCUGGGACCUCCACAACUGGUUCUUCCACCCCAAGAACAACCCCUCUGUUCCCAAAACUUCCGGCGGCGAUGUCUCCGCCUCCGUUGCGGCGGAACUAGGGCACGCCGUCUUCGUUCUUCGGUUCGAGGACGAGGAGAAUCCUAGCCAGGGGCGUUCCGGCGAUCCGCUGUACAAAAACUUGGCCACCGACCGGUACAAUGGUAAGACCAAGCACAUCAACAGGAGCUGUAGCAGUAGCGGAGGAAGUGGCGGAGAGAGGAGGAAAUCCGGGAGGAAGAGAAGCAUGCAGAAGACAAGUUGCUCCGCUUCUUCAACUUCAUCGGCGUCAUCAGCGAGCACGUGGUCGGUGAUGGAUUGGGCAAGCGAAGAGGAAAUGGAACUGCGACGAUCGCAAGGCUUUUCACUGCUUGUCUACGCCUAGAAUAACUAAACACUAGGAUUAUUCACCCCCUCUAGCCGGCCGCUAAGGGUCCAACAGAGAUGUGGAAUUUGAUGAAGAACAAGCAUGGAAUUGGAACAAUAACAAUAAUGAUGACAUGAAGAAAAUCUCAUUUAAAGAAGAUUAUAAAGGGUAGAAAGACAAGCAAGGAGAGAGUGAAGAAGUAUCAUCACACAAACAAGUUGAUACUUAGUCAGAAAGUGAUGAUCCAAAUAGUCCAAUUGUGAAAAAGAUGAAGAGCAUUCAAAAUAUAUAUGACUCCAGCCAAGUGAUUGAUGUUGACUUUGCUCUUAAUAAUUUGUGCCUAUUUAUAGAAUA